CUGGAAAACAUGAGGACGAGCGAAGAGCUUUUCAUGAGGCAGUAACCACUCUCGUUGGUGGUCACCAUCACGGUCACCACCUGAAACUGAAACUGAAUCGGGAUCAAGCAAGAGGAGCCAGCUUAGAAUGACGAAUUCUAACGCUGUAGAGAAUCACAGAAACAACGUCGGCGUCGCCACAAAACAAACGAAGAAGAUCAACAGAGAGGAGAAAGGCAAGUCCUCAUCGAUUUCCUCGUUCGUGUGCGAAAUCUGCAUUGUGACUAAAACCGAAGCGGAAUCUUUCACCAUAAGUGGUUGCACACACUCGUAUUGUACGGAUUGCGUGGUGAAGUACGUUUGUUCUAAGCUCGACGACAACGUGAUCAAUAUCCGGUGUCCGGUGCCCCGGUGCCGUGGUCUAUUGGAAACCAAUGGUUGCCGCGAGAUUCUGCCAAAGUCGGUAUUGCAUCGGUGGGAGAAGUCAUUGCGUGAAGCUGCUGUUCUUGAGAGCGAGAGCAAGAGAUUCCUGUAUGACCGCCGCUCCAACGAUGGUCCACACCCUAGGCAGAUGUGCGUCACGUGCACGGAUGAAGAUAGAAUGAUGAUGAAGUUAGCGGAGAGGAACGGGUGGAAGAGGUGCCCAAAGUGCAGGUUCUACGUUGAGAAGAAACCUUUCACGUGCAGUAGAAUACUUUGCAGGUGUGGACAUGUCUUCUGCUAUGGCUGUGGCGGUUCCCCCUGUGGCGGUUCCCCCUGUGUCGGUUCCACCUGUGGCGGUUCCGCCUUCUUUCCUCCAUCAUGGUUUAUUGGUCUGUCAAUUCUAUUUGGAUUUAUCAUUCUUUUUAUACGUUUGACUGAAGGUAAAAACUCAGAUGCACUCGACUUCAUAUGA